AUGAAAUUCCUCAUAACGACCACCCCAGAAACCUUCCAAUCCCUCCCCGGCAUACCAUCCUACGCGCAGAUCCUCGACCCAGAUGACACCACCAACAUCCUCACCGCACUGACAGGCCCCCAUUCCCCAGACGUAUGGAUCUGCCACGGCGAAGAAGUCACUCCCGACUUGCUCAGCAGGUGGGUGGAGAGGGUUCCCUCGAUGCCGAAGGCGCUGCUUCUCGUUGAUCAUAACGACGGUGAUGAUGAUGAUGAUGAUGGGAGAUGGGUAGCGCAGUUGAGGGAGCUUGCUGGGGGGAGGCUUGUUGUUGCCAGCGUUGCAGAGUGUGCGGUGUUACAUACGGGGACACACGAAGAAAAAAAUGGUGAUGAGAAUGAUCAGAAGGAGAAAGAGAGAAUCCUCCGCGCAGCAGAGAAACUCUACGCUCAAGGACGUGCGCACUUCUCCCCUUCCACUCCACCAGCCCAGAACGCAAACGAAGACACCAACCACAAAAAGACGGUCAUCCUCGUCGGCACCGGCAUCGUGAACCUCCUCACAGCAGAAUAUCUCGCCGCACGAGGCACAAAAGUAACACUCAUCGACUCGGGCCCUGACCCCACCCUCCAAACACCAGCAGCGCCAACCACAACAACAAGCAGCAACAACACAGACUGGGCCCGACUAGGCAUCACACACGGAGGGGGCAACGCACGGAUGUACACGCACUCCGAAGCAGACAACUACAACGAAAAAGGCAGUGUCAUCUACAGGGACAUGCGAGCUGUUUUCCGACGGGGUGUGCGUGCAGGGGGGUGGAGCGUCAAGGAUCCGAGGAGGUUCUGCGCGGCGGAGAGGAGCUGGGUAGAGGCCUUUGAGGGCGUUCCGUCUUGGAUGGCGUGUGCGUUUCGAGAGGAUAUUUACGCGGUGAACCGCGAGGCGGGGAGACUGUGGGAGGAGUAUCUGGAUCAAGAGGAAACAUUGUUCGAAGGGGUUGAGUUGAGGAGGGAUAUUCUCAGAUUGUAUGCCGAGAAGGCAGCGUGUGAUGCUGCUGUGGGGUUGAAUGGGCGGUUGGGUGCGUUGAGGGCGAGGAUGUCGAUGGAGGGGUUCCUGAGUCAGAAUCCUGGUUUUGCGUCCGCUGCUGAGGCAGAUCAACUGGCGGGUGCUAUCAUGGUGGAUGGGUUCACGGUGAACAUCCACCCGUUUGCGAGGCGGUUGGUGGGUCGGAUAUCAGAUCUCGGAGGCGAGUUCAUCUGGGACUGCGAGGUGGAGCGCAUCCAGCGGGAUGGUAGCGGUGCGGUGACGGCAUUAGCAUCGCAGCGGGGGUUGCUGACAGCGGACCACUUCGUCGUGAGUCCCGGCGUGACGGGGAAUCGAAUGCUUCAAGGAACAGCCAGCGAGAACCUCGUGCAGGGCGUGUUGGGGGUGUGGCUGCAGAUACCCAACGUCGAGCCGCGACUGGCGCACUCGGUGAAGAUCCACCGGCGGGCGCACCUCGUCGAAGACAUCAACGUCACGAUUGCCAAGGACGAGGUCACCGGCGAGGACAUCCUGAUGUUCGGCGGGGGGUAUGGUUAUAUCGGGCUGGACCGGCCGGCUCAUGACGACCCCGAGCUGCUCGCGCUAUACCAAGAGCUGGAAGAGGUGGCGCGGAUUUACUUCCCGCGGGGGUACGCCGCGGCGAAGGACCAAGGCAGCUUGUACCCCGGGGGCCAGCGGCGGUUCUGCGUGCGGCCGUUUACACCUACCGGGCUGGGGCUAUUCGAGAGGAUCCCUACCGCUAGCGGAGGCCAGCUGAUCAUCACGGGGGGGAACAACACCGGGGGGUUCGCGCAGGCGCCGGCUAUUGCGCGCGCUGUGUGGCGGGCGUUGAACGGGGAGGCGGACCCCAUCCAUGUGCUUUUCCAUCCUGAUCGUGGCCGACUACUCCGGCAGCCGGACACCACAGGGGUGACGUAUCGAGCGCGGUCGCCGCAGGGCAGCGUGGCACCGCGGGUGUUGCUGCUCUGUGGCGAUGGCCCGCAGCAUCGUUAUCUGCGCUAUCGGCUGGACCAGGCGUUUCGGCCAGGGUACCGGUGCAUUCAAGAGACGACGGACGGACAGGUGCGCCAGCUGGUGGCGAAGCGGCGCGUGGUGGACGCCUGCUACAUGAAGUACCACAGUCUACGACGACACUACACUGGGCAUGACGAGCACCGCGCGCGCUACUUCAGCCAGCUGGUGCCGAGCGGGCAUGAGUCCAGCCCUCCGGACUUAGUCGUCGACAGCGUCAACUGCCGACAGGUGUGGGAGGCCGUCGAGACGUGGCAGCCCGAGCUGACGAUCGUGUCAGGAACAAAGUACAUCGGGCGCAAGCUGAUGGAGCGGGCGGGGCUGAUGAUCAACCUGCAUAUCGGACAUUUGCCGGAGUACAAAGGCAACCAUUGCAUCUUCUUUGCGUUGUAUGACGGCGCGCUGGACCAGGUGUCUGCGACGCUGCACCAGCUGACGGCGGAGCUGGACGGCGGGGGGAUCCUCGACCGGGUGUUGCCGACGGUGCGCGCGGACGACAGCGAGGAGACGCUGUAUGCGCGGUGUUUGCACCUGGCGAUUGAUCGGUGUAUUGCGCACGCGGAGCGGUUUGCGCGGGGCGAGUCGCUGGCGUUUGAGACGCAGGCGAAAGUUGGGCGGACGUUUCGACACCGUGAUAGGACGGUUGUUAAGGAGAAGGUCCUCUCCCACGCUCUCCACAACCACAACCCAGACCAACCAGACCGCAUUUUCAGCGUCAUCACGCUAGCCCGCACGCAGAGCAUCCCCGUGGGGAAAGAUUCUCUGAACGUGACAGCAGAUGUGGUUCUCGACAGCAACGUUAACAACGAAGACGCUAUCGCGCAGCUACUGGCCCGUCUGGACUUCGAUAUCCUGCUGGUACCGGGGGCGCCGCCGGCUGUUGUCACGGAGAUGAUUGAGGAGGCGAAGGGAGUGGAGAAGCGGGGGGGCGGUGGUGCUUGGGGUGGCGGGGUGGUUGGACAAUAUCUGUAG